AUGAAGGUCUCCGCCAUUCUCACAGCCUCUGUUGCCUCUCUGGCCAUCGCUGCCCCCUUGACCGAGGGCAACCUGGGGCUCGAAAACACCGGCAUUGACAGCGCCGAGAAGGUGCAGCUCACGGAUCUUCAGGCCCAACUAUUCACCUGCAUCAGCAACCCCGAAUGCAUGGAGAAGCUCCAGCAGGGCGCCCUCUCUUCUCCCACGGCUCCCCUCGGCAACACCAAGAGGCAGGAGGUGGACGACUUUCAGAAGUUUCAGGACAAGCUGCUGACUUGCAGCAACAACCCUGCCUGCGCGAAGAAGCUCGACAAGCUCAAGAUCCCGGGCCAGGUCCUGGAGCCUGAGAGCACGAAGGAGAUCUUGGACAACAUCGGAAACGUGCAGACGUGCCUCGCCACGGCCAAGUGCCGCAAGGACCUGUUCGAGCAAAUCGACACAAGCUGA